AUCCCAGCAGAGGCGCGGCGGCCGGAGCCGGUGGGGCCGGGAACAGCCGCUCGGAGCGCCGGGCGGGGCGGCCGUCGGACGGGAGCGACGGUGCCGCGGUGCCCCCAGCCCCUCAAAGCUUCCCAGUAAACAUGGACGUCGGAUCACUGGACACAGCGGUGCAGGGCGCACUCCAGGCUCUCUACCCGCCCUUCGAAGCCACGGCCCCCACGGUGCUGGGCCAGGUGUUCCGGCUGCUGGAGACACGCUACCAGGGGGACGGGCUCUGCUGCCUGCUCCGGUUCCUCAUCCCGGCCAAGCGGCUCUUCGAGCAUGUGCGACAGGCAGCCUGCGCUCCAUACUUUAACUGCAUCUUUCUCCAUGAAGGCUGGCCCUUGUGUCUGCAUGAGAAAGUGGUCGUCCACCUUGCACCACUCAACCCCCUCCUGCUGCGCCCCGGGGACUUCUACCUGCAGGCUGAGCCAUGCGAGGAGCUCUCGGCGCGUAUCACCCUCAAACACCUGUCCCUGGACCUGCACACGGUGGAGGAGACGCCGGUGCCCGAGGCCGCCUAUGCACUGCUCUUCACCAACGAGUGGCUGGAGGAAAUCAACAGCAACCAGGCCCGGGUGCCCCUGCACACGUGCCUGGUGGCCACUGAGAACGGCGUUGCCCCGCUGCCGUGGAGCAGCAUCGCCACACCGGAGUUCAUCGACAAGCCCAAGGCUGCAGCUGAUGAUGCGCCCGCAGGGGCUCAGCAUGGCCCUGCUCCAGAAACCACAGCUCAGCCGGCAGCACCCAGCACAUCUGUGUCCCACGGCACAGCAGGCGUUCCUGCACCCUACAGCAACAUCGCAAGCACCAUCCCAGGCUGCAAGGGCACUCGGCGGAAAUCGAGCCAGGGCAGGUACCCGGGACUGAUCAAGGUAGAGCAGGCUGGGUUGCAGAAGCAGCCAGCUGUGCUGGCCAUGCCCAGCCUCUGCCACAUCCUCAGCCAGAACCUGGAGGGCGAGUAUGUGGACCUGCUGGAGCCCUCCCAGGAGCAGCCGGACCUGCUGACUGGGUCUCUGCCGCCUGUCUGCCCAGCGGGGCCAAUGGGGGCCAGGGUGACACUCCCCUGGGUGAACGGGGGGCCAGGGGCAAAUGCUUCUGUCUGCGGGGGGGCAGAGGAGGGUCCCUGCACCCCAUGCCUGGGGUGGACACUGAGCCGGGAGCAGGGGCCACGCAGCCCACGGUGCCGCCACCGAGACUCCUACCUGGCUGCGCUGCAGAACCCGCUGAGCCUCAGCCCUGGGCUGAUGUCAGCCAUCCUGGAGGAGCCAGAUGGCCCGGGCCCCGAGCCACCCCCCACCACUCCUAAUGACACCCCCACACAGCUGGGUCCAGGGUCUGGCACCCGCCGUCCCCACAGAGCAAGUCCCAGGGUGCAGGCGGGGGCACAGCCAGGCAGCCCCCACCUCCCCCCGGCCCCCGCGGGCUCCAGCCACAAGUUCUCCUUCCUGAAGGGGCCGCGGCUCGGGGCAGCCCCUGGGGACGAGCGAGCCGCCAGCCAGCAUGAAGGAGCCUGGAAGAAGAUAUCUGCCAUCUACUCGCCCAGGAUGGGCAGAGUCAAGCCCACUGGGAAAGGUAUGAAUGGGACGGCCCUGGAAAGCAGCAGCUGCAAGAGCAGCCCCCCUGUGCCCAGUGCUGGCACCCCCGGCCGGGAGCCGCCGGCCUGGCAGGACCUGCACACCGGGCUGCUGCGCUCGGGCAUCGUCACCCUGCCAGGGAGCUCGGACAGGCUGGGCAGGGCCCUGCUCCAGGUCAACACCAGCAGUAGCGCCUGGGGGGCCACGUGGUGCUCAGCGGCCGAGCUGGCGAGGCUCAUCCUCCACCUCUGCUCCCUGCCCAGGCAGGAGGCGAAGGACGGCGGAGUGACUGUCGUGGUGGACGCCAGGAAGCAGCCACCUGCUCCCGUCCUGUUCUCGGCCCUCCGCUCUGUCCAGAGUGUCUCACUGGGCUGCAUCCACACCGUGCUGCUGCUGGCUGAGAAGGAGCUCGCCCACCGCGAGAGGCUGCCCGGGGCACAGGUGGAGACCCUGGCAUCGCUGAAGGCGCUGGGCCGCUACAUCGACAGCUCCCAACUGACGCCGGAGCUGAACGGCACCUUCCCCUACUGCCACAGCGAGUGGGUUCAGUUCUUCCAGAACCUCCAUCCCUUCACGGCUGGGCUCAGGCGAGCGUUGGAGCUGCUGCAGAGCUGCAUCCAGGAGCUGCAGAGCACCAACGUGCUGGCGGGGACGCAGGAUGCAGCCACUGGCAUCACACGGCACCAGGAGCUGAUGCAGAGGGUGCUGAGCGACCCGCAGCUGGUGCAGGUGCAGCGUGAAGGGGGGGCCAUGCUGGCCCGGCUACGCAGGGCGGCCGCCCGGCUCCACAGCUCAGCCAAUGUCAGGACCAGCAUGGAGUUGGCCGAGGAGCUGUACAGCCAGCUGGAGGGAGAGCUGCACGACCUGGUGUCCCAGUCCAACAGCUGCCUGGAGCGGCUGGAGUUCCUCCAAAAGGUCCGGGAGCUUGAGGCUGAGUUCAGCAAGCUGGGCAGCUGGCUGGAUGGGGAGGCGGCGGUGCGGAUGCAGGAGCUGGGUGCCGAGGAGUGCAGCCCCGACGGCAGCGAGGGCUCCACCGAGUGGUGCAGCGAGUUCUUCAGCCAGGCAGCGGCUCGGUACCAGUGUGGCCUCACCCUGUGCCAGGAGGCGGCCGUGGUGCAGGAUGCGGUGUUUCCCGAGGCACAGCCCUUCCAGGCGGCUGCCACGUUGUUCCGGACGAGGCUCAUGAGGUUCCAUGGGCAGCUGGAGCGGCGGCAGGUGGAGUGGGAGCUGCGGCGGGAGCUCAGAUGCUUCUCCAGCAAGCUGGCGGAGCUGGAGCGGGGCUGCGGGCAGAGCCCAGCGCAGGGACAGCAUGGGGGCGGCCGGGCGCUGCGCUGCCUGCAGAGCUCCUUCCAGAAGCUGUCUGUGGAGCUGGCCCUGGAGAAGCUGGAGGAGAUGAAGGCUCAGGUGCGUGGGAUGCAGCGCAGCCAGGGGCUGGCGGCCUGGAGUGAGGCACGGCAGCGGUACCGGGACAGCCAGCGGAUCCUGGAGGAGAUGCUGGCGGAGCUGCGGGAGGCCUGGGGAACACAAGCCGAUGGGCAGGGAGACGCUGCAGGGGCCGCAGCCCCUUGCAAGGAAGCCCCGGGCUGCAGAGCAACCACCAGCCCCAAGCCGGUGGUGUUGGGGAGCCGGGGGGCAGCGGAGCAGCUGGAGCCCAGCGGCGGGGGGCCAGGACAGCCCCAGGCUGGCAGUGUCCCCAGCCCCAUGCUGGGUGUACAGCCAAGAUCCCCACAGCAGCAGGGGCUGGAGGGUGAACAGGAUUGUCACUGCCACAUCCCUGCUGCCACCUCCCUCCCUAAACCUGAGCAUGGAGCCAGCCUGGGGACUGCCAGACACAUCUCCCCGAAGUGCGGGCAGCCCCCGCACAGGCAGCCCCUGUGCCUGCCUCCCCAGGCAUGUGUCCUGGGCACUGGCCCGCUGUGUCCCCCCACUGUGCCCCACGAGGCAGUCCCAGUCCCCAGCACACACCGUUCACCUGCCAACACAUGGGCAGGAGCCACCCAGUACUUCCAGGUUUCCAGCCAGAGCAGUUUAUCCUCUGAAGACUCAGACUCUCAGAACUCCACUGAAGAAGCCCCAGCAGCAAGCCUGGCUUUGCCCCGGGACCUCCCGAGCCCCAGACCCCCUUGCCCCUCUGAAAAGCCCCCCCAGAUUGUUUACCUGGAGAACCACCACACCGAGAGUCCAGUUAAAGCAAAUGCCAAGUCAAAACAGUCCCUUCCAGAUGGGGCGGUUCCUGCCCAGAUGUGGAAGCCUUGAUCACCAAUGGGAUGGGACAUCCCACGUUCGAUGGUGGGACUCUGGGAUCCGGUGCCCCAUCAUCAGUCCCAGACCCCUUCAGUUCCCUGUACUUAGCACUGACCCUGCUGCAAAGCAGCAGUGACCCCAUCACCAGCCUCACCAGGUUCGUUAAUCGUCUUGCGGGUGUGUAGCAACCCUCCAGUCAAGUGCCUUUGUCCCUGCAAGCCCCAGGUUCACCCCAGGACAGCGGUGAGGGCUCCUUGCACCCAGCACUCAUGCUCGGAGUGUCUCAUGGCAGUGCAAGCCUGUGCCGAGGCUCCACCGUCCCCCUGUGCUGCUGCUGCAGCAUCUUGUUUGUGUGCACUUGUUAACGUGGGACUAACAUUACUAACAUUAAUAAACCUGGAGAGAAGUG